GUCUGAAAAGGUAAAGAUUGAUUAACCAAAAAAGGAUGUGAGUGGUGCCCCAGCAAAGAAAGUCAAUGUUGCUGUUCCAAAGAAAGAUGAAGAGGACGAGGACUCUGAUGGUGACGAUGAUGACGACGAUGACGAUGAGUUUGAUGAUGAGGAUGAAUCUGGAAGUGAGAUGGAUGCUGAUAGUGAUGAGGACGGGAGUGAUGAAGAUGAAGAGACACCUGUGAAGAAAGUUGACCAGGGAAAGAAGAGACCAAAUGUGUCUGCAACAAAAACUCCAGUUCCUGCUGCUAAGAAAGCUAAAAAUGUAACUCCUGAAAAGUCUGGUGGCAAGAAAAUUGCACAUGCACCAACCCCUCACCCCGUGAAGAAAGGUGGAAAUCCGAACAGCGCAGGGAAGUUCCAGUCACCUAAAACUGGUUCACAGCAGCAGAAAAAGGGUGGAAAGAAGGGUGGUCAUUGAUCAUGAAGUUUCUAAUAUGUACUAAUUUUUGCUUUUAUUGCAUUGGAAUAUCGUAAUCGGUGUAAUGGUU